ACAUUGGCCUGACAUCAUUCUUUGUAUUUUUUGCUAGUUUUAAGGAGCAUCAUAAUAGUAUGGACAAUGAAGCAAACCCAGGAACAUCCUCCAUGUCAACAACUCCUAGCAGUACUGCCAUCACCACUACCAGCACUUCUUCCUCAAGAACACCACAGCCACAAAUCUCUGUUUAUAGUGGCUCUGACCGACAUUCUGUUCAGGUCAUUCAGCAGACUCUGCACCGGCCCUCCAGCUCCGCGGCGCAGUACCUGCAGCAGAUGUACGCCGCCCAGCAGCAGCACCUGAUGCUGCACACGGCCGCGCUGCAGCAGCAGCACCACCUGAGCAGUUCCCAGCUCCAGAGCCUGGCCGCCGUGCAG